UAUUUGAUUGACAGCCGUAACGUAUGUUACAUGUCACAUAACUUAUGCAAGACGAAGCUGAUUGGCUUGUUUUAGAGAGGGUCUUUAUUAGCUUCUUUUAUUGGUUCUGGUAAUAGCGGGGAAGACAUGUCACAUUUCAUCUGUCAGCGAGCGAAAUCAACAUUGAGUCUCCUGUUUCCUACCUCAAAUGCUGUUAGGCCAAAUGUAGUUGUAAUUUUAGAAUAGAUCUCGCGGGGAAAAUGUUCGUCUCUUUGUUUGUUGCAUGGUGGAUGGCCUGCUUAGCUACGGGAGCUUCAGGCACAUUUUCCGGAUUGGUUCCUAUUUCGUUCACCCGAGAGCCGAGCUACACCGUAGCCCACAAAAAUAAGCCAGUUACGCUAAAUUGUGGAGUGAAUGGGAAGCCUCCUCCGUCCAGUUUCACUUGGGAAAAAGAUGGACAGGAAAUCAUUCCAGAUUCAAGGAGGACGAUUGACUCAAAUGGAGCGUUGCACAUUACAAGAGUAAUCCAUACUCGGGAGAGCAAACCCGAUGUUGGGGAAUAUCAAUGCUUUGCUUCAAAUGAAAGAGGCAGAAUUGCUAGUCGCAAAGUUCGUUUGGAUGUUGCUGGUAUGUCUAAGAAGUUUCAAUGGGAACCGCAAAACACAGUAACAUUGGUAGGAUCCUUUGCAAGAUUUUCCUGUCAAAUCCGACAUGCUUCUCCUGCAGCUACUUUAAGGUGGGAAAAAGAUGGCACCCGUUUAGAAGCCAAUGACAGAAUUUUCAUGCUGAUAGAAGGAGUACUACAAAUAAAAGAUGUCCGAAAAACAGAUGAAGGAAACUACAGCUGUGUGGCAGAAAAUGUGGUCAAAAUGCGCCGCAGCAAUCCUGGAAGUCUUACAGUCCUAGCUGCUGAUUCAUCAAGAAAUAGGACAAGCCCACAAUUUCUUGGAGAACAUCAAAACAUAACCAUUGUGAAGGGAGGUUCAGCUGUAAUUGAAUGUGCUGCAUCUGGAUAUCCCGUUCCAAUGGUGCAGUGGAGGAAAUUGGAUGAACAUUCUGGGAAAACUUACAAUGUUUCUAAUAUCACUUAUGCUGUUAACAAUCUCAAUUUUUCCAAUGUUGAAAAAAAUGAUGGAGGCCAAUAUGAGUGUUAUGCACAUGCAGAUGGAAAAACCAUUUCCAGAAUUGUUUGGCUGUUUGUCACAGUGCCACCUCAAUUUACGUUAACACCUCCCCGUUUGGUGUGGAUGAUUGAUAAACCCUUGGAGUUGAAAUGUGCAGCAAGUGGAGAACCAGUUCCUUCAGUAUACUGGCUUAAAAAUGGGAAAGAGCUGAAUUCCAGUGAUAUCACAAAAGUUACUUAUGGCAAGGGAAGAGCAGACUUGACAGAAUCCAGUUCAUCAGCCAGUAAUGCAUUGUACCAGUGCUUUGCACAAAAUGAAGCAGGAAGUACCCAGGUUGUAGCUUGUCUGAUAGUUCAAAAGAAAGAUGAUCGACCUGGCCCACCAGUGAAUAUUGUGGCUCUGCCAUUAUCAUCAUCCUCCAUUGUUAUAAACUGGAGUCCCCCUAUUGGUAACCAUAUUAUUGGUGCAUACACUGUGCAUUACAAACAGUUAGGAAAACCAGGUGCACCUAAAACCAAAGUUAUCAGUAAAGAUACACACAGCUAUGAAGUGCAAGGACUGUUGGGAUACACAAAUUACAGUUUUUAUAUGAAGGCGUAUGCCAAAGCUUUUGGGUAUGAAUCAGAACCAAUUGUGCAGGGGACACUUGAAGACCGACCAGCCAAAGCACCAGUUGAUAUAAAAGUCUCCAGUCAAACACCAGAUAGUCUUGAUGUGGAGUGGGCACCACCACCUAGAGACUAUCGCAAUGGCAUCAUAAAAAACUAUGUGAUUUCCUACAAGAAAGAGUAUGACAAGGGAGAACCAAGCUCUGUGGAAGUUCCGGGGCAUACUCUUAAAAAGACAAUUAAUGGUUUGUCUAAAGGAACAUCUUACACGAUCAGAGUGGCUGCUGCUACAGUGAAAGGUGAAGGGCCUUUUAGCAGAGCUGUGAAAGGAAGAGUUCUCAAUCAGACAUCUAAUGUGAUCAGCCCACCAACUGUAUGGAUUGCAUACCAUAACUCAACCACAGCAAUCGUGAAAUGGCUUCCCCCUGCCUAUGGCAAACACUCAGUAGAAGAGUAUCAUUUAUUUUAUGUCCAGAUGCAAGAUCACAGCAUGGAAAAAGGACCAUUCAUUGUUGACAAACGGCAGAAAACUUACACUCUGCAUGGAUUAAGUUCUGGAAGCCGAUAUUUAAUUAAGUUGAUGGCCUCUGAUGGUAGUACUUUAGGUCCUCCAGGAGCAACUUAUGUCACCACUGACAGGGGUCCAGGAACUCCAGAUCCUACAGAAGAUCCACUACCCCCUCUUAGACCCAUUCAUUUGGUUUGUACAGUUGACAGUCCAACUUCAAUCCUGCUUACGUGGCAAACACCUUUGUCUUCAGGAAGCACAACACAUUACACAGUGACAUAUUUCUUGCGAAGCAGGAUAAAACAUGUCCCUGUGAAGAGAACAGUUUAUUCUGAGAAUAUUGUCUUGCGCGGACUUACUCCUGGAAGAGAGUACACAAUCUCUGUUCAGUCUCACUAUAAAUCUGAGAAAGAGAUCUUCCCUGGUGUUAGCACUGCAUUCAAGAACUGUAAACUUCCAUUAAGUGAACUAAGCUCACCUCCACAAAAUAUCAAAUAUGAAUACAAGACUGUUAGAACUGUGGAACUGGAAUGGGAGUCUCCCCUUAAACCUAAUGGACAGCUCAUCAGCUUUGAAGUUCUUUACACUUACAACAAGUCCUAUCCAGAUUCCAUGUGGAAAAAUGAAUCCUACCCAUUGGGGUUUUUUGGCAGUAGGGUUAAACAGUUCCAUCAACGUUUAUCAGGCAUCAAGGAAGGGACAGAAUUCUACCUCAAGAUUCGUGCUGAGAACAAUCACGGAUUUGGACCUUUUUCUAAAACAAUAACAAUCAAGCCGCCCUCUGUAGCAGAAAGGGUUGGUCCAAAUGUUGAAUACACCAUUCUGCCAUCCGGUCAGGUACAGCUGUCAUGGAAGUGUCCUAGAGUGUUCAAUGCUUUCAUUGAGAGCUUCACCAUUCUUUUUUCAAACGACACACACCUAGCAGAUGACAAAUGGGAAGUACAGACUGUUAGUAUACCACAUUCUAGAAGAUUUCCAGAUAAAGUGACGACGUAUGUGAAGAAAAUUUUCAUCUAUUUUAAAGUUCGUGCAGAGUAUAAUGAUCACAUUCCUGGAAAUUGGUCCAAAAUAGUGAAAAUUACCAAAGAAAAAGAGCCAAUGGAUCCUCCUCUGACAUCAAUAGAGCCAAGGCUGUCAGAGUUAAAGGAUAAUCCAGACAAUAUAAAGCUUGGUAUCAUUAUUGGGUGCACCAUCAGUGCAUUUUGCAUUGUAGUCCUUCUUCUCUUUAUUGUGUGGAGAAAUCCUUGCAGGCACUAUGCCACCCAGAAGGGUGAAAAGAAAACUAAUGUCAAAGCAUUGCCACCCAUGAAUGGGUAUCUGUCGUCACAAAAACAAAUUGUUGUAUCUUCAAUACAAGAUAAUAGUGCAUCAACAGAAGAAACAUCUGCCAGUUCAGGCUUGUGCCAGUGUAGAUGUACAUGUGGAGCUGGUAGAUGGCCAAUGGGACCAACAAUGGUGAGGACUAAUGGUCGAUUACCAGGAAGCAGUGAUAGCUCCGCACCAAUAACACAGGUUUUUUCACAUUCUGCAUCAGAUGCAAACAGUGAAGACAGUGGAAGUGGGCAUGAUCUUCGAAGUAAAGGAGGUCAUAAAAGCAAUCCAGUGUCUUCAUCAAGUAGUCUUUCAGUUGAAUUACACAGAAAUGAGGAGAUACGUACAGUACCAUUUUCAUCAAAAAGCAAAAAGAAGAGCAUAUCUGUUGAUGUAUGAAUGAACUUAUUCUGUUUCGGGUGUCUGGAUUCAACUCCUUCUCGUCUGGAUUCAACUCCUUCUCGAUGUUCAUCACUGUGCCGGAUAAGUUCUCUGAUGUUUCACCAUGAAAAUCGUUUGAUAAAUACAACGGCAUGCCCCCC